UUUGUUCGUGGGUUUUGGUUUUGAGAUUGAGAUUUGAGUGGGGGAUUGGGUUGAGGCGGCAGCAAGCCUAUAUUUGAAUCACCAGUGGAAUCAAGAAUAUCUGAAUCACCAAUGAAAUCAAGCAUAGUUGAAUCACCAAUGAAAUCAAGAUUAGUUGAAUCACCAAUGGAAUCAAGAUGCAGCUAUGAAUCAGAAUCACCAAUGGAGUCAAGUUGGAGCUCUGCAGAGAACAAGGCCUUUGAGAUAGCUUUGGUGGCGGUUCUAAACGAAACCGAAUUGCCUGAGCGAUGGAAGAAGGUAGCAGUCAUGGUUGGAGGAAAAAAGAGCCCUGAGGAGAUGAAAAAACAUUAUGAUGCACUUGUUCAGGACAUACAGUCGAUCGAUUCUGAUAAGGUUCCCAUACCCAGCUAUAGAACUCCUCAUAACUAUAAAAUUACUCAUACUUAUUCUUCUUGGGCCUCCGAAUCUGACUAUAAAAUUCCUCAUACUUGUUCUGCUUGGGCCUCCGAAUCUGAAGAACAAUAUAAAAUUCCUCAUACUUGUUCUGCUUGGGCCUCCGAAGCGUUCGAAUCUGAAGAACAGAGGCUUAGAUACUUCAAUAUAGAGUGACAGAUAUCUUCAAUCUAUUGCCAAGAGUGAUGAUCUCCAAAACUGCCAUGGCCAAGAUGCAAUUUUGUUCGAUUCGCAUAAUUCAUUUUGAUGUAAAAUUGGCAGUUUCAUAUUUUAAUGAAUAGGGUUAACCUUUCUCUUCUUCUUUUUUUAAUUUUUUAAUUUUUUUUUAUUUAGAAAAAGAAAGGCCAAGUUAAAAUAAGGGCCCAGUUGGAUAGGAGGAA